CUCAGAAAUGGAUAACAGAAAUCAGAUCGAAGUUCAACUCCCUUUUGACGAAUGGUUCAAGCUACCUCGAUUGACCUUAAUGAUCUCAAAGGUCGUUCCCAUGUGUGGCGAACAUUCACAGUGAUUUCGAGCCAGUAUUCUUACUUAUAGGACAAAACUUUAUAGAGUUAUUCAUUUACGUCCUGAUCCUGAUCCGUGGUGUGUACACGUCGAGCUAUUUCUUGGGCAGUAUAUCUUUAAUUGAUUGAGGCGUGUUGCCUUAGUAUCCCUGACGAUGAACUGCUCACUCCCAUCCCUGCUUUCGGCCUUGGUCGUAAUCCUGGUCGCCUUUGACUUCGUUCAGGGUGAGAUGAAACCAACCAAAUUUGCAAAAGAGGUCGUUUGCGAAGGCUGUCACGCUGUAAUAGCAGAGACAAACAAGAUUCUUGGGAAGGGGAAAAGAACAGACAAGACGGUCAUGAAUUCAUUGCGAGGGAUCUGUAACGCUCAGAGACUCAACCAGUACGAGUUCAGUCCACCAACCAUGAAGAAAGUCUGUGAUUACUGGACAGAGAAUUAUGAGACUGAGAUCAAAGCUGCCCUGACAAACGGUCUUCCUGAGGACGAACAGGAGAUCGAACUCUGCUGGAUCUCCACUGAUAUCUGCAAAGGUGUCGAUCGCUCGCAUUUCAGAAUAAAUAAAUACGAAGGGCCGAGCAAGCGAAAAAUUCUGGCCGCGACAAAAGCUAGUACAGGAGAGGCUGUCGACGAAGUCGCCGACGAAGUCACAGAUGAGCCACCGGCAGAGAAGAAGGAAGAUGUCAAAGAGGAAAAGAAAGAUAAAAAGACGUCUGGCAAGAAGUCUUCAAAGUCCAAGACGAAGAAAGACGGAAAGGGAAAGGAUGAACUAUAAUGCUUGUAAAAAAUAGGUUAAAAUUCACGCUAGGAUUAUAAACCAUAUCUACUGAUAGCGAAUUUCUCAAAAGAUAACCUCAUACUGAUCAAUUGUUAACCUAAAGUUGUCAUAAAUCAGACUUUAAUAUUUUAUUUAAAAUAUUAUGAUGCAAGAUCAAGGAUAUACAAAUGGAUGAUUUCAAAUCUUAAUAUCUUAUGUCCCGUAUAACAAGUGAAAAGUCUCUUGGCAUGACCAUUUAAUAAUACGUAGUACCUGAAAGAACUAUUAAUAAAUGACCUUUUAAGAGAUUUUCGUUUAAUGGGCGAAACAAAGAAGUAGGCGUACAUGUCAUAAUUUUGUCGUCGGUGCACUUUUAACAGAAUCGCCGAGAUGUGUUUUGCUUCAACAUCUGUUUUCUUAAAAUAUUGCUGUAGAUGAUAUUUUUUAUUUACAUAAGGAAAA